AGAUUAGUUCACGUCACAGAUGUUUUAGCGCGAAUAUAAUCAUGCGCACUGCACUGUUGUCCCGGUGCUCUGACUGAAAACCUGUGUGGUUUUCUGUAGAUAACGGUUGAGCUAAAUGGUGAAGCCGCAAGUUUGCAUUGCACAGGUAGCUUCAGGCUGCGGUAGACAAACACCACAGGAUGUUAUUACAACACAAAAGUAAGAAGACGAGGAUGAAAUGUCUCAACUACAAGCAAAAAGACCUGUACUUCAGCACGGCCCUGUAAUUAUCUUUGAUGAAAAAGCAGCCUUGCUCCAGUAAGUGCAUGGUCUGAUGCAUUUUCACCUCGUGAAAUCAGCGUCUCUUUAUUCAUGACACACACUGGUCAUCUUCAGGUUGACAACUAACAGGGCUGACACCUGUUACAGAAGCCGCUAGCCCGCCUCGUGUGCUGCUAUUAUUGUUGUCAGGAAACAGAUGUGAGUUCACACACUGGAAAGAAAAGGUCUGUUUGUGAAUGUGGUCGUGUGUGUCUGCACGGCAUGGCUGUGUGUGCAUGUGUGUGUGAGCAGGGUGUGGGCGGCCGGGUGGAUUUUUGGAAAAUAUGACUUGGCAUUUCCUACAGCCGGACAGUUUCUGGCCCUGACUUCGGGUUGGACAUACUGCGAUGUCUGGCUAUACAGUGCUACUUCUCCCCACGUUUAGUGCACAGUGUAAGCAAUAAGCGACUUGUUUUCACGUGCAGUGGUGAUUUGACCUUGGUCAUCUGUGGUCUGGGGUGGGAAGUGGUUACGUACAUGCUGGCUUUUAAUCAACCUCUUGAAGUCAAAGAGUGGUGGCGGUUAUUUAUAUUUGUGCUAGUGAUUGAUGGACGCCUGCCUCAACUGGAACCCUACACCCUAAAGCAUGUUACAAACUCAAGGGUCGGAGCCCAAAAUCAGCCUGUCUAGUCAUUUUAUGUGGUCUGGAUAUGGAUGGCUCAAAAGUCAUUACAGACUUACAUACUAAAAGAUUCAUAGAGAGGGAAAGGAAUUUGGAAAGUUUUCUCUUUAGUAGAGUAGAGUAGGUCUGAAUAGAGGAGGGUGUUUGAGGAGCAUCAGUGUAUGACUAUUCCUCUAAAGUCUUCUGAAAUCCAGAUGGAACUUCAGACCACCUCCUACAUCGCCUGCUCCUGAUGAACAAAUGCUGAAUAUUGUAUUAAACCAGGACUUUUGCAAACAGCCUCAUAAAUUAAAAUACAGACUUAUAAUGUACAAUAAUCUGACUCAUCAUCCAUGUGAAACAGUUCAAGUAUGCAUUUGGUUUUCACCUUAAAAUAUGUUCAAGGUUUUGGCUCUACAAGAAUUGAAAUGCAAGGACUUCCUUUUUUAUUUAAAUUUUUUACAUGUAUUUUCACUAAUAAACACUAGUUGGCACAAGAGAGAGGCAACAACUUGAGCAGUCCAACAUUUUUUUUUUUUUUUGCUGCAACCCUCAACCAAAGUGACCUUAGUUAGGAGUUAUUAUAAGCGUUGUGCUCCUUAUACUUCUUUAAUAAACAGCAACCCAGUGAAAGUAAAAUAUACCUCUUGAGCUAUUUUCAUUUAUUUUGCGCCAUAUAACCCAAAAGCAACGUUACAGUCCCUUGUGCUGCCCCAAAAUCUAUAGCAUCCAAUCUUCAUUUCUAAUUUGUUAUUUCUCUUCUGACACUUCUGAUGAUUCCCUCUCUCACACCAUCACAUAUACAGUUAUUGUAGGGUACAAAGCUAUUCAGCACAGUUGUGGCAGUUAAAGGGGCCCUGGCUUGAUGCCAACUCUAGCUCUUUUACAUCAAAACGACUGAAGUGGCAGAACAACAUUUAUAACCGUGACGGUGGUGAAGCUGUGUUGACAUAGUGCGUUGAGUCAGGAAACAUGUGAAAGAUGUGUCGCUCCAACACCUAAUGAGGAGGUGGGAGCUUGACCUGAGUGAACCCGAAGGGCCGCUCUGAUCAAAUGCUCUGGCAGGAUGCACUGUAAGGGCACUGUAAUAUGAUGUGUGGAGUCAACACACACUCAUACAUGAAUCACUCUAAUUGUUGGGCACCACACAAUCACUGGCCAAAUUAGCUAAAUUAGUUCCAGAUGAUGUACAACAUAUAGACUGUGUUAAUGACACACACACACACUGAUCAGCUCUAAAAACAGCCUCGCUGGGAAACGGUGAAUUCCCCAAACCGCAGCAGGCUGGAGCGGGUGAGGGGAGUCAUGGGAAAGAAAGAAUCCCAGCAUGCAAUGGCACUGAUGUAGCAAAGCCGAGCGUAAGAAAAUAAGUAAAAUAAUACACAUCCAGAUUUUGGCAGGGAUGAAUCUGACACCGUCUGAUGGUUCAAAGAGUUAUCCACACGCUGCGGUUGGUCAGCUGCUCUGGCAGACAUGACGAGUGAAAGGGAGGAAGGUCAAUUAAAGUUCCGCAAUUCAGGAAAGCCCAGAUCAGAGGGCGGUGUUGGUUUGGUCUGGGAAUGCAGAGGACUCCACCAAAUCCAGGGGCCCUGAGGAUGAGAGGGGCUUUGGUGGGAAGCAAAAGGGGUCACGACUGAUCCUGCAGCGGAUCAAGGUGAGAAACUUGCUGGAAGAUCAAGGCCCUUCUUUGGAAAUUUACAGCCAUUUGACUCAGUUUUUACUGGCGUGUACAAAAAAGUGGGAUGGUUACAAAUCACUUUGCACACUUUCAUGUGUGUUUGCGCAGAUUACUUUAUAACAUGAGAGUCCUUUAAUCUGCCCCGCUUAUAAAACACACCCUUAUUGGCCAACGCCAAAGGGGGUUUCAAUAAAUGGGAGAUAAAAAAAAAUUAUCCUCACUCAUGACAAUAACAAAUAUCUGAAGAAUGUAAUUUUAUUGCAACAAGACAUCAAGUUGAACAAAGAUGUGGAGAGCAACUUUUAAGUAACUUGUGCUUUUGUAUUUGGGUAUCGGAAAGAAUUAUUGCUAUAAGCAAAGAAAUACGACCCAGAAAAAAGAAGAAAUAUGAUGAGCAAGUGAAUGUGACUGCAAUAUAGAUUUUUCAUAUUCCCCAUGACAUAACUUUUAUACAGGGUGUUAAAGGAAGUAUCUGUGGCUUCUAAUUGUAGACGGUAAACAGGAAGUGAACGUGGUGGUUACGAUAAAUGGUAGUUCUUCCCCAGAAGUAAAUGAGUUUGGGGUGAUUUGACAAAAACUGUGAGAACUAUGACAUUGCAAGAAGUGGGGGUUUUUAUUGUUGCACAUUGAACACGGUCUUCAUUUCUGUUGGAAAAUUUGCAUUGCAGUAACAAUAAAUAAGUAUCACACUAUUAAGGAGCAAAAUCUUUGUCAUUGCUUUUUGUGAAUUACAUACAUAUAAAACAAUAACAAGCAUGAGAACCACCUAAGAGAAAAUUCCUGUGAUUAUUCCAAACAACCUUUCAUUAUUUGAAGUAGCAAAGCAAGAGACAAAAAGUCUUUGCUUCACAGCCCUCAUUUGAAUUCAUUUUGGUCCAACCAGAAGCUGCCGGAUGUUUAUGUUUAGAGGUAUAUACCGAAUUCUCACUUCCCUCCAUCUACUAUCAAUUAACACACACACACACACACACACACACAUAUACACAUGCACACACAAACACUCACACACCUACGAAUACUUUCAGUAUUUCGCUUAACCUCCAUUAACCACCCGCCCCAAUCGCUCUAUCACCAAGCUCGUCUCCCGAAAUGAUUUCCAAACUAGACAGUGUGUUGUUGCCUCAAAAAAAGUUCAUCUACCACUACAAGAACAUGCGUUGGGCCCGUGGGCGUCAUGAGACCUACCUUUGCUUUGUUGUGAAGAGACGAAACGGACCAGACUCACACUCUUUUGACUUCGGACACCUACGCAACCGCAGUGGCUGUCAUGUGGAGUUGCUGUUUCUGCGCUACCUGAGAGCGCUGUGUCCUGGACUUUGGGGUUUUGGAAGUUCGGAUGGAAGGAGACUGAGUUACUCCAUCACCUGGUUCUGCUCCUGGUCUCCCUGUGCCAACUGCUCCUUCGCCCUCUCACAGUUCCUCACUCAGACUCCCAACCUGCGCCUCAGAAUCUUCGUAUCCCGCCUGUACUACUGCGACAUGGAGGACAGCCUGGAGAGGGAGGGACUCCGGAUGCUGAAGAAAGCUGGAGUGCAACUCACUGUCAUGAGUUACAAAGACUACUUCUACUGCUGGCAGACUUUUGUGGCUCGGAAGCAAAGUAACUUCAAGGCCUGGGACGAUCUGCACCAAAACUCUGUUCGCCUAGCGAGAAAACUCACUCGCAUCCUUCAGCCCAGUGAGAUUGAAGAUUUAAGAGAUGCAUUUAAACUUCUUGGAUUUUAAAGGCAACCUGCCUUUGCUUUUCAGUUCAAAUGAAAAAACAAGUCCUUUGCAAGGCCUGCACGUCAAC